AUGUUCAAAUGGGACCAUGCCUCACUUCAAAUUCUUGAUUUUCAGGAUGAAAAAUUCUUGAUUUGGUAUUCUGGUCAGGAGGAAAGACAGAUGAGAUUAAGCUCAGUCACAAAUGUUGUACAUGGCCAAACCACUAAGCAACUUCGACCAGAGAGGGAAAGCCAGUGCCUUUCACUUGUCUAUGGAAAUGGUGAAUGCACCCUCGAUCUGAUAUUCAGGGACAAAGAGCAGGCUAAGACUUGGUUUUUGGGUUUGAGAGCUGUAACAUCCAGGAGUUAUUGUAAUGGAUUGUGGAGUACUUUGAAGAAACGAAGAGGGGUCCAAAGUUGUAUAAACAGUCCAUCUGGUUUUAUGAGAAGGAAACAGAUCUUAGGACUUUUGGAGGAGAAAAUUAGAUCAUCUCAGGUACACAGUUUAUCUGGGAGUCCACCUCAGUCAUUAUCAGCUAGAUGUACUUCUGAUGGUUUAUCAUGCUCAUCCAAUAGUUUCUAUUCAGAAUCAAUUCUAUUAAGCAUUCACAAUACCACGGAUUUCUUAGCCCCAAGUUCUCCAUAUCUUCAGCAAGAAGAUCCAAAUGAGCAAGCAAUGUGUGCCAGUUCAAAAAUGUUUAAUCUGUUCUCGACAAAUCCUCCUGUGUCAUUUGAAUCUGGAAACCAUAUAUUGAGGGAUGUCUUAAUUUGGGGGGAAGGAGCAGGAAAAGGGAGUUUGGAGGGUGGAGGAAUGGAAUUGGAUGCUUUAUUGCCUAAAGUUCUCGAAUCGACCAUGAUGUUUGAUCUCCAUUCCAUAUCUCUAGGAAGGAAGCAUGCUGCAUUAGUAACCAAGCAGGGCGAAGUAUUUUGCUGGGGCGAAGGAAGGAGGGGAAGACUCGGACAUAAAGUUGAUAUUGAUAUUACCUGCCCAAAGGUUGUUGACUCCCUUGUUGGAGUUCAUGUCAAUUCUGUUGCUUGUGGUGAGUAUCAAACAUGUGCUUUAACAUCUUCAGGUGAAGUGUACACGUGGGGCGACAACUGUAGUACUGAUUUAGCGGAUGAACAUAAUAAGAGAAGCCUUUGGGUGCCUCAUAGACUUUAUGGUUCACUUGAUGGUCUAACAAUAUCUCAUGUUGCUUGUGGAGAAUGGCAUACAGCAAUUAUUUCCACAUCUGGGAAAUUAUUUACAUAUGGAGAUGGAACAUUUGGAGUACUUGGCCAUGGCAAUCUUCAGAGUGUGUCACACCCUAAGGAAGUUGAAUCGCUGAAGGGACUACGGGUAAUGACCAUAGCAUGCGGAUCGUGGCACACAGCUGCCAUAGUGGAAAUCAUGGUUGAUCCUAUCAAAUUUAAUAAUCCUAGUGGAAAAUUGUUUACAUGGGGAGAUGCUGAUAAAGGAAGGCUCGGUCACUUUGAUCAAGAGAGAAAACUCUGCCCAACUUGUAUAGCAGAAUUGGUGGAUCAUGAUUUUGUUCAAGUAUCUUGUGGUCGGACUCUUACCAUAGGAUUAACCAGCACUGGUAAAGUUUAUACAAUGGGAAGUGCAGCACAUGGCCAACUCGGGAAUCCACAAUCCAGGGACAAGUCAAUAGUAGCUGUACAAGGGAAACUUGCUAACGAGUUUGUCAGAGAAAUCUCAUCAGGAUCUUAUCAUAUUGCUGCCUUAACAUCUCGAGGAAACGUUUAUACUUGGGGAAAAGGUGAACACGGACAGUUAGGAUUGGGUGAUAUCAAAGAUCGAAAUUCGCCAACUCUAGUCGAGACCCUGAGAGGAAGACAAGUAGAACAUAUUACAUGUGGAGCAAGUUCUACAGCUGCAAUUUGCUUACACAAAUCAGUAUCUAGUACUGACCAGUUGGCUUGCAAAGGAUGCAGCAUGGCUUUUGGGUUCACAAGGAAGAAGCAUAACUGUUACAAUUGUGGUCUUUUAUUCUGUCGAGCAUGCACCAACAAAAAAUCUAUGAAUGCGUCCCUUGCACCAAGUAGGAACAAGCCGUUUCGAGUCUGUCAUCAAUGCUUUAAUCAGAUUUGCAGAGCUUUAGAUCCAGGUAGUCAUUUCAAGUUUGGAACAAACAGCCCAAGACCAUUAUUUACGUCUGAGAAGGCAUACCACGACAAGAAAGAAGCAUUAUGCCAGACGACAUCAGCAAGAAACUAUUCUGAUGAGGGCAGCCAAUGCCAUGAGAGGAAAAAUUUCAGUAACACCAUUUCUUUGGUGAAUGAGUUACCCAGAUGGAGGCAAGUUUCAUGUCCUGAAGUUUUCAAGAAAAGAUCUGGGGACCACAUGAUUACCCAAAUUUAUCCUUCAAGACAUCAAUUAUCUUCUCAAUCUCCAGUUUGCUUAGCGGAUGACUCCUCACAAUUAAUAUCUUCCACAUCCAGUUCAAUGAAUGUGGAGAAUAACUUGUCUCAAUCGGAGAAGUUCUUCAUUAAAGAAAUCGAAAACCUUAAAACUCAGAUGUCUAGGACAAGGAAAGAGUGCUUGUCCACUGUUACUUGA